UCGCGGUUUGAUGACGUCUGUGUAAUGGCCGCCCUCACUCUGUCGUGCAGGGUUUAUGAAUUUCUCCGGUAAAGAAAAAUAAGAACCCCCGACAAAAUCGUUCAUUGUUUCAACACAGUCACCCCGAAGAGAGAGAGAGACCGGGUGACUCCCUACAUCGAGACCCUGUCUCCCGAGACUCUGUGUUUUGAAAGGUGACCGAAUGUGUUUUAAUUCGCGAUCUCCUUGUGUUUUGCAGGCGGCAGCGCUUUAUUGUUGCAUGAGACUUUAGUCAGCGUGCAUCGAAGAAACAACGUGCGACGAUAACCGGCGAAUUUAGGGUCGCAGAUCAACUCAUUUUGUUAUUUACAGUCACGUUUCGAUGUUUAAGUUGCGCGAUCGUGCGGGAAAUGUCGGAUAUUACGUCGUUGUCUAGUGAGCGCGCAGGAUUCGGGCCUGUUAGCCGCAUCGCCAUCAACGAGCUGUCUCGUUAAAGAUAAAGCGGCUUAUAAGACAUGUGUCGCCCUCUCAUGAAUCCAUUGCCUUAAAUCUGAGAAGAGUUCUUGCUAAUGGAUACCCCUGAGAGCCCAACCCAAUCCCCACAAUCCCCUGAGGAGGAGGAGAAGGGUCUCUCUGACAGCGAGCUGCUGGAGUCACCCGAGUCCCCGACAGAAGAAAACAAGGGGAUAUCGGACAGUGAGCUUUUAAAUGAUGAUGAAAAUGAAGAAGAGGAGGGAGGAAUAGACUCUGACUUUGAUGAUGCAGACAGGCUAGCAGCUGAUGGAGGAGAUCCAGAAGAAUUCUCAGACCAGGAGGACUACAAGAUGGGCGUGGACGAGGGAGAAGACAUCCAUCAACAAGACCUUUGUAGUACAGGGCUAGGAAACGGGAAGGAGGUUAGCAGAUCUCCUGAGGAAGAAAUUCUAGAGACGCCAAGAUCGCCAGAUCCUGAUUCACCAGGUCCAGACCAAGAACGACCUUUCACCCCAGUAGUGGAGGAGAGGGAAGACACAAGAGAAGAUGAGGAGGACAAUGAUGGCGUAGAAGAAACUACCAAGUCUAGCCGUGCUGUGGUUGAGGAGGAGGAUGAGGAGGAAGAGGAAAGAAGGAGGAGAAGAGCGGCGAUGGUAGUGAGUGAGUUGAAGGAUGAGUCUUCUGUGUCUAGAGAUCUAGAUGAACACGAGCUGGAUUAUGAUGAGGAGGUUCCUGAGGAGCCGAGCACUGCUGCUCCUGAGGAAGAGGAUGCAGGAAAGGUUCCUGCUGGAGAAGAGGACGAUGAAGAGGAUGAAGAAGAGGAGGAAAAGAAAAGGAAGAGGAAAGAGAGGAAACCCAUUCUGCCCCCAGAUAAUAGUCCACGAAAAAAGGAGGAUUCCAGGGGUCAGGAAAGAGGCAGAAGACACUCGUUUCGGGAUCAAAAGAAAGAUGAAGAUGAUGGAGAGAUUGACGAGGGAGAGAUAGAUGAUGAUGAUCUGGAAGAGGGGGAGGUGAAAGACCCCAUGGACAGAAAGAUCAGACCUAGACCCAUCUGCAGGUUUUUCAUGAAAGGAAACUGCACAUGGGGCAUGAUCUGUAGGUUCAUCCAUCCAGGAGUCAAUGAUAAAGGCAACUACUCCCUCAUCUCCAAACCAGACCCCUUCUCUCCAAACGGAGCCCCUCCUGCAGGAGGAGGACCUCACCCCCUCAUGCCUGCUAACCCUUGGGGAGCUCCUGUGGUAGAAGAGUUGCCUCCCCCUCCACCUUCUCUUGAUCCUCCUGUGGAGAGUGCCUGGGAAAGAGGCCUUAGACAUGCUAAGGAGGUACUGAAGAAAGCUACGAUCCGUAAAGAGCAGGAACCAGACUUUGAGGAGAAACGUUUUACGGUAACCAUAGGCGAAGAUGACCGAGACUUCGACAAAGAAAAUGAUUUCUUCAGGGAGCACGGCUAUCGGAUCACGAGGGAAAUCAGAGAUUCUGGAGAUGUAGAGCUCAGGGAUCCAGGUUAUGGUGACCCGUAUGCCGACCCAUACUACGAUUACGAGAUGGAAGCUUUUUGGCGAGGAGGCCAGUACGAGAAUUUCCGUGUCCAGUACACCGAGACCCCGCUGCCAUACUACCCUGACCGAGAGCGGGAGCGAGACCCUCGUGAGCGUCACCGCGAAAGGGAACGGGAGCGCGAGAGGGACCACCGCGAGCGUGAGCGCAGGCAGAGGGAGCGUGAGAGAGAGAGGGAGCGCGAUAAGGAGAGGCAGCGCAGAAAGGAGGAAUGGGAGAGAGAUCGUCUGAAACGGGAUGAAAAAGAGGGGCGGCCAAGAGAGCGUCCUCCCAGAGAGCCACGGGAGAAGGAGGAAAAGGAGAAGCCGCUUAAACCACGUUCACCCCCGAACAUGCCCCCCAGAGGGCCAAUGGAGCCACCACCCAAGAAAGAGAUGAUGCCCAUGCCUAAAAGGCCAGAUGAAUGGAAGGACCCCUGGCGCAGGUCAAAAUCCCCUAGGAGAAGGCCCGGUCUCAUGGGCUCUCCUCCACGCGGCCGGAGACGACACAGACCUUCUGGAUCUUCUGUUUCCCUUUCUCAUUCUUCAAGGUCUUCAUCUCGCUCUUCAUCAUUCACGGGCUCUGGCUCCUCCCGGUCUCGCUCGCGAUCUUCUAUGAGUUCUUACUCGAGCCACUCUUCUCAACACAGCUCUUUCAGUGGAAGCCGCUCAAGAUCCAGAUCUUUCUCUUCCUCUCCAUCCCCAUCCCUGUCAGCACAAAGAAACACUAUAAAGAACAAAGCGGAGCAGCAGCCUCCUGGUGCAAUAAAAGGCUCCCCGUUGAAGCCUGGUGCCUUGCCCCCUCCUCGCAGGGAAAAGGCACCCCCCAAAAUGAUGCCCAGCCCAUCAUUACCUGGACAGCCUGGAAAGCCCAUCACGGAAGGGCCCAAACCCCCCAACUCCCGUCCGGGUGGCAGGCCCCCUGAACCCAGAGAGCCAAAGGAACCCCCUAACAUAAGAGAAGGACGUAAAAAAGAACGGCAACAGCAAAACCCUCGCAGGCGAACAGUAAGCGGCAGCAUCAGUGGUAGUGUGAGCAGUUUUUCCGGCUCCAGCUCACGCUCGAGGUCUCAUUCCUCCUCUGCCUCGCGGUCUCGUUCUGGAUCCCACAAGUCACGGUCUUUGUCAGUUAGCAGCGUGUCGUCGGUCUCCUCUGCCUCGUCUAGUAGCAGCUCCGUCAGGAGUGCUGAUUCUGAUGACAUGUAUGCUGACCUGGCUAGCCCCGUGUCCUCCGCCAGCUCCCGAUCACCCACUCCAGGCCACGCCCGAAAGGAUAGGGGCCCUCCUCGAGACAAAGGCCCCAACAAAGACAGAGGAAAACCCCCAAAGAAAGAUGAACCUUUUAAAGAUGAGAGGAAGCGAGUGGACCCAUCCGGUCUUCCGCCCAAAACCAGCUCGGGAAUGCCUAGAUCUGGGUCUGGAAACAGGGGACACCCUAUGCACCCGCCACCACCCAUGGGUCCUCCAGGAGGAUACGGAUCUCAUAAGGACAUCAAACUUACGUUACUAAACAAGCAGCAAACUGACAGGGGCAAUAGAAAGAGGUACUUCCCUGCUGAUAAAGAUCGACCCCCUUCCCCUCUCAGUAAGAGGAUAGCGCUGUCACCUGAUAGAGGUCGAGACAGGAGGAUGCCCGGGCGACCCCCAUUGUCUCCCAGAAUGGAUCGACCCAAAGGUCAAGGUCCUCGGCCAAUGCCACCACAAGGAGAAAGGAAGCGGCCUCUGUCUCCACCGCCCAAGUCUACUGGGAAAGGUCCUGCCCCCAUGUCUGCAGGUAAACCUCCUGCACCUGUACCCGGAUCCGGUGCCGGGUCGGCUUCUAGUUCCGGCUCGGGCAAGCCAAGCAGCACCCUUUCACGCCGCGAGGAGCUGCUAAAACAGUUAAAGGCUGUCGAGGAUGCCAUAGCCCGCAAAAGGGCCAAAAUCCCUGGGAAAUAAACCACGUCAGCCUGGCCUCAUACAGCUUCUGGGACAUAUGUUUCUGGAUGCCCAGCGUUUGCUAGAAAUGUGGAAAUGGUCACCGUUCAUUCUUUAAAAUGAAUGUCCUGGGGAAGAACAAGGCCUCCGACACGUUUCUGCUCGUAUUGCCCUCAGAGAGAGGUCGUUUAGAUUUUAUAUUAAUGUGAUAAAGUUAAGAAAAAGUGGCACUGUUCAGCUUAACUUGUUCAUUCACUUUUGCGAAAGAUUACUGUAGGUUUCAAAUUAAAAACUGUGUACAUUUAAUGAAUAUUUUUGCUCUCCCACAAACCAUUCUCUUUUUUGUUUUUUCAACUUCUGUUUAAAAGUUUUGGUUGCAAACAGGGCUCAGACGUGAUGAAUUUUGCGUGUGUACAUUUCAUGUUUUGCUCCCGAUCAACAAAUCUAGAACUGCUUUUUCAGAACCCUAUAAUUAGCAAGUCUGCCUCAACCAAUGAGAUUGUCCAUACAUAUCCUGUUCUUUUUCUCACCACGUACAAACACGUUGCUUAAAGUGUAUGAUUCUAGAGAACCAAUGACAGUGAUGUGAAGUAUUGCUUUUUUAAAGUUUUGCAGUUUUCCCUAUAGCUUUUUCAACGAAGCUUGCAUUUUAUUUCUCCCUCAUUUUUAGUUGAAAGUGUGAGAGACUACAGGCGAUAAGGAAUGAAUCCGUCUUGCUUUUGUGACAGAAAAAGCUUCUAAAUAAACUAUUUUGAUAAAGAGAAUAAA